AUGGACUUGAACAGCGCCUCAAGUGAAAAAGAAAUCUGGAAAGGCAAGACAGCUUACAACCAGAUCCAAAAGGAGAUCCUCCUAGCAUGGUUUAAACACUAUCCUCACCUGGAUAAAGUUACCAUGGAACGACUGGCACAAGAAAUCGGUGUUCUGGCAUCUAAAAUUAAGAACUGGUUUAAAAACCACAGAUGGAAGAAAAAACUGGCUAACCAAAUAGGCAUUCAGGAAUCCAGAAUUCUGAGGUGGUUUCAGAACCAGAAUUCUUUGAAUCCUGAGCAGAGAAGGGAGCUGCUGAAUCUCCCGGUAGAAAGCACACAUGAGAGACCAGAUGAAACUCUUCAGCAGCAGCAGCAGCACAUUAACCUGUCCACACUCCCAUGUGAGGUCUGUGUGAGCCAAGGACCAAGCGUCAUAGCCAAGCAGCCCACACAGGCUACGGAGGGAGGAGAGAGCUCUGACUUCCCUCUGACUUUUAUGGAUCACUUGCUUAAACUGCUGACUCCAGGAGAGAAUUCAGACACCCAGGCUCCUUCCUGCUGCCAAUACCAAGAAAAAUGCCAAAAUGGCAAGGAAUACAGUGACACAGGAGCCCUGCAGGGAGCGAACCAUUCUCAGCCUCAUCCUGAGCAGGAGCAAGAGUUUCCAGAUCCAGGUCACAGUGACAUAGUUUAUAUUACGCAAUGGUGGGACAAGGGCCGCCAGGCUCUCAUCGCAGAGUGGGAACCUCUGGAAGGGACACCCCGAGGAUGGUGA